AUGGAACUCAAAAGGAUAGCCGUGGGGCGCCUCCUGUGCGCACCAAUCUCCCUGGCGGCGGUUUGGACGUUUCUACUUGUGCAGCUCGCGCCGGUAGUGACGGGGGAGCGCGGUGAAGUGGCUUCGCGCGUAGACGACGGUGCCACGCUGGUUCGUGGGCACCAAGCCGAUAACCAUUACGCCGGCUUCCCCGACUCGUCCGAGAUGGCCGCUGCGGCGGCGAUGUUGAAGGGUGGACAACAUUCGGCCUCGUUCUCGGUGGACGACGGUUCACAGCCCGUCUUUCCGGAACGGCCCGAUGCGGUGUACUUUGCGGUGGCCGUCAACGGGGGCGCCAAGCUGUGGGGCCGUACGCUGGCCCGCACCCUGAUCGACAUGGGUCCCCCGUUCGGUAAUCCGCAGGGCCCGCCACUGAGACCGAUCUACAUCGAUCUGCCCGACAACGGGCGGUUCUCCUCCAAGCUGCUGGCGGGCGCGUGUGAUGCAAUCGAUGGAAUGCCGCUGGCCGGAAUGGUGAUCGUAGGCGACAGUCCUGCUGCUAAAUCGUUAGCUCUCGCCGGGAACUCGAUGAAGGUGCCGGUACUGUGGGCGAAGGGCGGAAUAGCGUCACUACACAACUCUUACGAUGAGCUAUCAACCAAAUUACAAGCAAUACUACAGCCAUCCUCUAGGGAAAUUUUUGAGGCCAUCCGAGCAACCCUUUUACAAGUUCAUUGGCACUCGUACCAUAUUCUCUGCGAUGUCGACACUUUCGUCUUAAUCAGUGGUAAAAAGGGAUCGGCCCUGCGACAGAAGCCGCUCAGUCCCAUUAUUCUAACGCUUCCAACGGACCACGAUCUUAUCUAUAAAAAACUUGCCUAUAUUUCACGCUCUACCAAUGGCGUUGUGUUGGUGCUGUCCAACCUGAAGGUGGCUCGACUGAUCAUGGCCGAAGCACAGCGCAUGAAGAUGCUGAACGGCCACUUCGUGUGGCUCUGGAUGGACACGACAUCGGCGACCGAGUUCUACGAGUCGGGUCAGUACGAUCCCAACAGCAAGCAGCCGCUGGACAAUGCUGGACUAACGGUUGGCGGGCUCGGAGGACGGUCCGAAUUGGAGACAGACUUUUACGAUACGUUCGACCUGCGCCAGCAGUCACACCUGGCCGAUCUGGUGGAGCGUAGGAUGGAAUUUGAGGACUUUGAGUCGCGGCUGCGCAAGAACAGGACCCGUGGCCAGCACAUCGAUGGCCACACGGUCCGGUUUGGGAGCGCCGCGUUGACCAACACCCAUCAACACCUAACCAACGGUGACCCUGGAGAAAUGUCCCGGAACGUCCCGCAUGGGAAGGGCCGAAAGCAAGAGAAGCUCAAAGGUGACCGGGAGAAGUAUGCGCCACUGACCACUAACAACAACACCGGAACUGUGGUGAAUGCUGCCCGCCGGAAGCAACUCUUCGAUGAAGACCUGUUCAUCGACGAGUCGGAGGAAGCUGACGAUUUCUCCGAAGAGCGGGCCCUGCCGCUGCUAGCGACGGAUGAUCCGCUGGAACCUACCGAGACCGACGGUGGUGACGGUGGCCAGGAUUUGAAGCUGAAGCGCAGUAGCGUCUAUUUGAAGCCCCGCAAUUCGUCCGGCCACGUACUGUAUCACCAUAACCAGGACUUUCCGGUGGGACUGUUGGCGCUGCGGCCGAUCAAGAUGAAAAUCGAUCGCCACUUUAUCCGGGCGGCCGUACGCCUGUUUGCGGCAACGUGGGCCAAAGUCGAGCGCGAGGAACUGCCGGUACCGGGAGCCAAAGGAAGUCGUGGCAUGAGUUACACCGGUUCGGGAAGUAUCGGUGGCAGGGGGAUGCCCGACACGUCGAAAGGCCAGCGGGGAGGUGGUGGCCGUCCAGUGCCACAGAAGCGAUCUGCACCGCCGGUGGGCGAAACGGGUCAUAUUUUAACAUUUCCAGUUAACAGUGCAAACGAUACACAACAACGUGUUCAGGAGACUAGUGUAGUGGGGCAAACGACGGUGCCAGCCACGACGACGGCAACGCCCGAAACGAUCGAUAUUAUUUCGCCUAUAAGCAAUAGUAGUUCAAAUUUACGUGAUGUCCGUAGUACAAAUAGUUCUAGAGCCAAGCGGCAAAGCACCUGGUGGUCGGCGACCUCGAAUCAGAAGUACGGCACCGAGCGGGCCGGUGGCGAUCGUGGCCGAUCACGUGGAGGAGCUACCCGGUACAAGGGUGGCUGUAUGGGGUCGAUCAAUCGAGUGGAACAGGCGAAGGCGUUCAAUUUUGCCAGAAACCUGCAAGCGAACGCACGGCAAGCACUGUCAGGAUUUCCGAUCGCGAGCGGAUACAUCGAAAAGUCCCUCGUUAGCCACUUUGAAAUACUGAACCUGGUGCCGACGGCAAGACAAUCAUCAAAAUCCGAUCCACCACCGGCCGCGGCGGGGCCAAUUGAGAGCGAGAGUGGGAGGUACUCUGGCCGGGCCGGUGGCAAUACUUCCAGCAGCACGGCAACAGCGACCAGGACCGGGGCAACAGCUGGGACGAGUGGAACCAAGUGGCGCCGAGUGGGGCUGAUCACGGGACGAUCGGUACACCUCGAUACGAUCAUAUGGCCGGGUGGUGACGUCACUGUUUCCGGGCUUGCGGGGAAAGCGAAAACCAUGUUCCGCGUGGUCGUCUCUGUGGCGCCACCGUUCGUGAUGGAGUCACCGGUCAACGAGGAAGGCCGGUGCCUGCGGGGUCUGGUGUGCUACAAACUGUUCACCACCGGGCGCCACAAUCUGACGCUGAUGUUUAACGAAAUCGAGCGACGCAAUCGUCUGCGUGAAAUCGAUCCAUCCGCUCACCUCUACAACGAGAAGGACCAGCAAACGGACCAUCUGUACCGUAAACGAUGCUGUUACGGCCUAUCGAUGGAUUUGCUGCAGAAGCUGGCGUCGGAAAUAAACUUCGAUUUCCAUCUGUACAUCGUACACGAUGGAUUGUUUGGGCGACGGAUUCCCAACGUCGACGACAAAGCGUCACUACCACGGCCACCGGACAUUCGAAAGUCUCCGCCAGUGGUGGUCGAAUCGAAGUCAAAGUUUGAUGCUCAAUCGGGCCGAAGUCUGAAGCGGGGCUCGAAGCUCAAGCUGUCGCAAACUGGGGACGGCAGAAACGCAAGCACCGAGCACCGUCCACCGAACUAUCCGUUCCAGUACUCACCGGCACCACCGGCUCGUACACCACAGCAGUGGAAUGGCGUGAUCGGUGAUCUCGUGUCAGGCACGGCGGAUCUUUCCUUUGCUCCACUAAGUGUUUCCAAGGCGCGUUCGGAGGUGAUCGACUUUACGAUCCCAUACUUUCACGGCGGUGUCUCCCUGUUAGCGUCACCGGAAGCGGCCACCGAUAUACCGCUGCUGGCGUUUCUACUUCCCUUCUCGCCGGAGCUUUGGAUAGCCAUCUUUACCUCGCUCAACGUGACGGCCGUCGCGGUUGCCAUCUACGAGUGGUUGAGCCCGUUCGGUUUGAAUCCUUGGGGUCGGCAGCGGAGCAAAAAUUUUAGCAUGUCUUCCGCGCUGUGGGUGAUGUGGGGCUUGCUGUGCGGCCAUUUGGUCGCGUUCAAGGCACCGAAAUCGUGGCCCAACAAGUUUCUCAUCAACGUGUGGGGAGGCUUUAGCGUCAUAUUCAUCGCGUCCUACACUGCGAACAUUGCGGCACUGAUUGCGGGUCUCUUAUUCCACAACGAGGCCAAGUACUACGAAAUGUCGAUGUUAACACAGCGCGUCGGGUCGCCCAUGGCAACCGCAGCCGAAUCGUACGUGCAGCACAACGACAAGCGGCUUUGGGAGCACAUGAAAAAGUAUCAACUCCAAAGCAUCGACGAAGGGAUCGCCCGGUUGAAGAACCGCACGAUCGAUCUGUUGAUGUGUGAUACACCGAUUUUGGACUACUAUCGGGGUACGGACCAGAGCUGCUCGCUGCAGCGAAUAGGCGACAACUAUAUCGAGGACUCGUAUGCGAUCGGCAUGUCGAAGGGCUUUCCGUUGAAGAAAACGAUGUCCACGCUUAUCUCGAAGUACUCGCACGAUGGCUACCUCGACAUACUGACGGCGAAAUGGUACGGCGAUUUGCCCUGCUUCAAGCUGGACCGAGAGAUGGCCCAGCCGACACCGCUCGGUGUGACGGCCGUGGCCGGCGUCUUUCUGCUGCUCGGCGUCGGCAUGGUGCUGGGCGUGCUGAUACUGAUCAUUGAGCACGUGUUCUACAAGUACACGCUCCCGAUACUGCGCCACCAGCCGAAGGACACGAUCUGGAAGAGCCGCAACAUUAUGUUCUUCAGCCAGAAGCUGUAUCGGUUCAUCAACUGCGUGGAGCUGGUGUCACCGCAUCACGCGGCCAAGGAGCUGGUCCACACGAUUCGCCAGGGCCAGAUUACGAGCCUCUUCCAGAAGAGCGUCAAACGGAAGGAGGAUGAGCAGAGGCGCCGGCGCAAGAGCAAGGCGCAGUUCUUCGAGAUGAUCCAGGAAAUACGAAGGGUGCAGUUGGAUACGGAUGCGGACGCGUCGCUGUCGGCGACGUCGGAGAGUACCUCGCAGGCCCUGCUCCCGGAUGCACAGCCAGCGCACGGUGCGGCACGAGGCGCGCUUUCCGGUGCCAGCCGGCGUACCAGCCCCGGCAGAGUGCGGGCCACGUUCGGGUUUGGUAAACGGGACGGUAGCCACAGCAAGAGCUCCUCGUUCGGGUCCUCGUUGAACGUGCGCCGGUUCAGCACCGAUAGCAUCAUAAGCGAGCGGCUCGGGACGAUCGGGCGGCGGUUGAGUCGCGAUGCGGCCACCAGCUCUCCGCCGGACCUGUCGCACCACUUCGAAACGUUCGGCAAGGGUACGGGUACGGGCCACGAGCCGUCCAAGUUCGAUACGUACUCGGGGAAGAACAAUCGCAAGGAAACGAUUUCCGUGUUCAAGUGUGACACGUUCAAUGGGAAGCUGGAGUCGGGCGGCACGGACACGGUGGACGGUGGCAAACCGGUCCAGCCGGAAGUGGAAGAGAAACCGGCCCUGCCGGUGAAGACGAAGAAACGGUCACGCCGGUCACCGCUGAACCUAGAGCUGUACGAAUCGAGCCGCCGGCGGCUCAUUCCGAUCAGCGAGCGAGUGGCGCACGGUUUGGCACCGCCGUUCCUCGAGGCCGACAACGGUAGUGCGCUGUUGCGCGACAAGCUUCACGAGGAACUGCGCCUCAAGUACGGACAGACGCGAUGGAAAACGCCAUCGUCGGCAGCGGUGGCGUCGGCGUCUGGCGGUGGAAUGGAAGGCAGGGCACCCAUUCCUGUGCCUAGUGACGUACCCGUCCGACCCGACCGACCCGACCGGAGCAACGACGGCGGCGGUGACGCAGGCCAUCCGGAACCUAACCGUCGCGCCAGCCGACGGAAGUAA